AAGCCGUACCAAUGCUCCGAGGAUGUGAGGGCAUUUUCGUAAGCAAAAAAUUAGAAAACCCCAUCUCUUCUCUCUUCUUGCAGGCCAGACACCCGCAGACGAGGGUUUAUCAAGGGUUUUCAACUUUUAAUACACAUUCCCUACCUUUUUCUCUAUCCAAGGAUGAUUUCUGUAUCAACAUAUCAAUUUUCAGGUUCUAUUCAGCCCAGUCUUCUGAAACUACCCUUUCCCAUUCAGAGAUUCAAAGAAGCGAAGCUCGUAACAAGAGGGAUUUCCAGUAAUCAGUUUUGGAAUCCUUUCCGAAGCCGUCUGUGCAUAAAAUGUGCUGUUUCAGGAAGGAGCAAUCGAGAAUUGAGAUCCGAAGAAGACAGAUUACGUCCGGAACCGUUCUGGUCGACUUUGAUCAAGGAAGCAUUUUGGGGCUUGAGAUCACUACUCGUGUUUUUGUUUGAGCAGCCCGGUCAGCUUAGGUAUAUCGAGUGGCCAAGUUUCCAAAGCACGUUGAGGACUGCUACUCUUACUCUUGUUAUUGUCGCCCUUCUCAUCGUCGCCUUGUCUUCAAUCGACUCGGCACUGUGCUAUCUACUGACUUUACUCCUCCGGAGAACCGCGUGAUGGAUCAAUACCCUUUGAAACUGAGGUUUGCUAAUUCCAAAUGUCAAUACACACACACCCAACUGGUACACACAUGCA